GCAUUCGUUCAUACUGUCUUAGGCGGACGAUUCACCACGCAUUUGCCACAUCCGAAAUACAGCAAAAGUUUCUUGAUAUAAGAGAGGAGGACCGAAAUUCUCAGAUCCCGCCGUCAGAUAUCACCAUGACAGAACUACUGCUGCAGUCAGCGCUCGCUGUGAGCAAGAGCAAGCAGCUCAUCGACGAGGUGGCACAGAUUCGCCAGAAGUGCGCGGCUGACCACAAUGACGAAAUCGGCCCUAGCAACACCACCACAGCCACCAGCAGUAGCAGCGGGAAGCCCAUCAUCGAGUGUCCCGACUGCUUUGAGAAGCUGCUCGAGGCCGUCCGGUCGCGUUACCUCAACUCGACCGACCACGAGUGGUUCUCGUCGCGGCGCGCCUUCUUGCAAGAGCUCGACACGAUGUGUGCUGACGCCAAGGAGUAUCAGCUGGACCCGCGAGCCAUCGAUGACCGCAUCCAAGAGGAGCGCAGCCGGUGGUACGCCGAGAACGUGCGAUCCUCGUUGCUGCGCCUCAUGGUCGGCGACCCGGCCGGCCGGGAGGCCGUCUUCGAGAAGCUCGAGGGCCCGCCCUCAGACUUUUCCGGGCUAGCAAGGGACAUUGCCGGGAUUCUGCGCAAGGGCCUGGCAUCUCCUGAGGCGGGGAGAGAAUUCGAGGGGGGCGGGGGCGAAGGCGGAGGCGGAGGCGAAGACGAUAUCCCGGCCCGUCUGCUUGCGGCACAGCAGCCCUUGAAGCAGCUCGAAGUCUUGCGGGAAGCCUUCUUCGCCGCCAACGGUUCCGGCGCCUAUGGCGCGCGGUAUGGCGCGGUCCCCAAGGGCCACCAAAAGUACUUCGACAUGCUCAACGACCAUCGUUCCAUGGAGCAUGUCGUCGAGCGUGUCUUGGAGGAAAGGCAAGCAGCAACCGGAGCCCGCGAGCAGACGAGCAGGCUCAGGGAGCGCCUUGAUGAGCUACGGCGAGCGCGAGCCGCUCACGAGCUGCAGAAGUCGAGGAAGCUCAAGAACCGGCAAAGCGUUGGGCAGAGGAUACCUGACGAGCUUUACGACCUCCCGCUAUGCGCCGUAUGCGGCCAUAUGCCAAGCACGAGAGAUUUCCUCUGCUGCCCGAUCUGCGCCAUCCUCGUGCGGCGCAACGUCCAGGAUCACCCAACGGUUUACUGCUCUCCGGAGUGUGAACACAAAGGCCAUACACCGCACACCAAAUCUCAUACCUGCGCAUCUGGAGGCGAGUGCAUCCAGCUGGUCCAGGACGAGGACCAUCUGAUGGGCGAGGACGGGCUCGACACGGGGAGCGAGAUCUACUUUUGCAAUGAGUGCAUGGACUCGAUCAAGCUACCGACCGUGUGGUGUUCGAUACGAUGCGCGGACGCCAACUUCCUACGGCACCGAGGGGCGGUGCACCUUCACACACGGAAGCGAGCUGACCGAGACCGCUUGGACCACUACGCGGCCGACUCUGAGACAGGCUACCACACCAAGGACAUUGCCGCCAACGUCAUGUCCUUCAGCGCCGCCGUCAAGGCAUGGGAGGACCACACCAUGGUCAGGUUACAGAACUGAAAAACAUUCGUCCACUUUCAGCUGCGGGUUGUCCUUGAUGAGUCACGCCAAGUCAGUCGUUGCGGAGGAACAGUUAAUUGCACCGCCCAUUUUUUCGUGGCGAAUAUCAAAUAUCAGAUAUCGAACAAGACAAUAGCCGCCGUGAUGCUGAUGCAUAUGAUACCUGACGACGACUUUGAGCAUU